AUGAGUGCCAAGCAAAUGCAAAGAAGUUCUGAAGAAGAGUUGCUUGAAUCUGAAGAAAAUUUAAAAGAAAAAGAAAAGGCAAAUGAAGAAGAACACGAAGAGGAAGAAGAAGAAGAAGAGGAAGAAAAUGCUGCUGUACCAAUAAGAAAACUUAUUGGACUGGCUGGAAUUACUGAAGGUGAUUGUAAAAAAUUAGAAGAAGCAGGAUUUUUCACUGUUCAAUCAAUUGCUUUUACACCAAAGAAACAACUAAUUACAAUAAAAGGAAUUAGCGAUGCUAAAGCUGAUAAAUUACUUGCUGAGUCAUCUAAAAUAGUUCCAUUGGCAUUCACCAAUGCAGCUGAAUUAAAUAAUUUAAGAAAAGAAACUAUUAGAAUUACUACAGGGUCAAGGGAAUUAGAUAAAUUACUGUGUGGAGGAUUUGAGACUGGAAGUAUUACAGAAUUAUUUGGAGAAUUCCGAACUGGAAAAACACAGUUAUGUCAUCAACUAUGUGUCACUUGUCAAUUAGGAAUAGAAAAUGGAGGAACAGAAGGAAGGGCUAUUUACAUUGAUACAGAAGGAACAUUUAGACCAGAAAGACUAACACAAAUUGCAGAAAAAUAUGGAUUAAAUUCAGAGGAAGCAUUAAAUAAUGUAGCUGUUGCACGAGCACAUAAUACAGAACAUCAAAUGCAAUUAUUACAAAUGGCUAGUGGGUUAAUGGCUAAAGAAAGGUAUGGGUUAUUAAUUAUUGAUUCUGCAACAGCACUGUAUAGAACUGAUUAUAGUGGAAGAGGAGAAUUAGCUUCGAGACAAAUGCAUUUAGCUAAAUUUUUGAGGGCAUUACAAAGGAUUGCAGAUGAAUUUUCUGUUGCUGUAGUAUUAACUAAUCAAGUUGUAGCACAAGUUGAUGGUCAAGCAAGUAUGUUUGGAGGAGAUACUAAAAAACCUGUAGGAGGGAAUAUUAUUGCACACGCCAGUACCACUAGAUUGUAUUUAAGAAAAGGAAAAGGGGAAGCACGUAUUUGUAAAGUUUAUGAUUCACCAUGUCUUCCAGAAAGUGAAGCAUCAUUUGCUAUUACUACUAAUGGAAUUGAAGAUGUUAAAGAUGAUUAA